GGAAAACGUUUGAGAUCUGGCUGUUAUCAUGUAAUCUAAGGUUAUAGUAAGAAACGGCUAGAUCCCUUGACAGAUCAAAGUCUACUCAUAAAUCAGAAGGUAAUUCCUUUUGUGCACUUAGGCAUAGAUGGUGCUAUUGUUCCUGCCUGUGAGGCUGGGACAAGUGGCACAAGCAAAAUGGGGCUCUGUGCGUGGCUUAUUUUAACGGUGUUUUUCCAUGAAGUAACAGGAACUAUGGUGAAACUCAACAAUGGUGGCUUUGAAGAUAUUGUUAUUGCAAUUAGCCCUACAGAACUUGAAGACCACAAAAUAGUUGACAACAUUAAGGACAUGUUUAAAGAGGCAUCCAAUUAUCUCUUUUAUGCUACAAACCAAAGAUUUUAUUUCAAGACUGUAAAAGUUGUCAUUCCUUCAACAUGGACAACAAAACCUGAAUAUAAAAGAGUUUCCAAAGAAUUCUAUGAAAAGGCUGAUGUCAUCGUGGCUGAUCCUUCCUUGAAAUAUGGCGAUGAACCUUAUAGCUUGCAGUAUGGAGGGUGUGGGGAAAUGGGACGGUACAUUCAUUUCACAUCUAAUUUCAUGACAAAUGACAGUUUGCAGGACAUUUAUGGAUCUAGAGGCAGAGCAUUUGUCCAUGAGUGGGCUCAUUUCAGAUGGGGUGUUUUUGAUGAAAACAACAAUGAUGCCCCGUUCUAUACUACUGGAAUAAAUAUGGCUGAAGCAACAAGAUGCUCAACAGCAAUCACUGGACAGAAUAUAUUUCGAACUAACACAGGAGCUACCAGGAAGUGUAAAUUCGAAUACAAAGCUCAGCUUUAUGAGGGUGGAUGUCAGUUUAUUCCAGACAAAAAGCAAACUACAUCAGCAUCUAUAAUGUACAUGCCAAGUCUCUCUUCAGUUAUUCAGUUCUGUGAUGAGAAAAACCAUAACACAAAGGCACCAAAUAUGCAGAACAAAAUGUGCAACUUCAGAAGCACCUGGGAAGUUAUUAUGGAGUCAGCAGAUUUUGCCAGUUCAUCUCCAAGAAGUGUUCCUCCACCUAGCCCCACUAUCUCAUUGCUGCAAACACGGGACAGAGUUUUGUGUCUUGUGCUUGAUGUUUCUGAGAGUAUGGUUAAGUACAAUCGCAUUGAUCGGCUGAGGCUAGCUGCAAAACUAUUGCUUCUUCAGAUUAUUGAAAUGGGAUCCUGGGUUGGAAUUGUCACAUUCAAUGAUGAAGCAACAAUUCAGACGGGUUUGCAACAGAUCACCAGUGAGAGUGUGCGGAUAGCUCUUACAAACUAUAUUCCUACUAAAGCUGGUGGAGGAAUUAAUGUAUGUGCUGGAAUAUAUGCAGGAUUUGAGGUAUUUUUACAAAAGUAUUCAAGUUCUGAAGGUUGUGAAAUUGUCCUCCUGGUAGCUGGUGAAGACUCAACUUUAAGAACUUGUUUUGCAGAAGUGGCAAAAAGUGGCUCAGUAGUUCACACCAUUGCCUUGGGGCCAAAUGCACCAAUAGAAUUAGAAAAGUUAGCAGACAUGACAGGAGGUUUGAAGUUUUUUGCUACCGACAGUUUGGACAGUAAUGGUCUUAUAGAUGCUUUCACUGGAAUUUCCUCAGGAGCUGGUACUACUAUUUCUCAACAACUCAUUCAGCUUGAAAGUGAAGGAAGGAGUGUCCGUCGUUUUGAUUGGCUGGAUGGUACUGUAUCCAUUGAUAGAACUGUGGGAAAUGACACUUUCUUCUUAGUUACAUGGAAUGUGAGCAUGACUCCACCAGGAAUUAUUCUGAGAGAUCCCAAAGGAAAAACAUAUACUCAAAAUAACUUUGUCAUGGAAAACAACAACCUCCGAACAGCUCGACUCAAGAUUGCUGGAACUGCAGAGGCAGGAGAUUGGAUUUAUUCAAUUCAGAAUAUGCAUUCAGCAGUUCAAGCCAUUUCAAUGACAGUCACCACCAGAGCAGCAUCUUCCACUGUACCUCCAGCAACUGUGAAGUCCUACAUGAACAGAGAUAUCAACAUGUAUCCUAAUCCAUUUAUCAUUUACACAGAAGUCAGUCAAGGGUUUUUGCCUGUUGUUGGUGCAAGUGUUGUAGCCACAGUUGAAAUAUCCUCUGGACAGUCUAUAGAAGUAGAGCUCUUUGAUGAUGGUAGAGGUGCUGAUAUUAUGAAAAAUGAUGGAAUCUACUCCAGAUAUAUCACAUCUUUGAAAGAAAGUGAUGGUUACAACUUUAAAGUGCGUGUCCAAUAGAUCCGCUGACUGAGUCAAGUACAAGGUUAUGUAGACAAUGGUUUGUAAAAUUCUGCAUAUACUUUUCUUUUGUCCCAAAAUUCAUACAAAAUGUACAUAUAAAGGAAAAUAAAGAAAAAUUACCUGAA